UGUGUGUGUGUGUGCGACGCUGCGUGGGGGUGUCCGCCUGAUGUCAUUUGGCAGAGAGGGAGGCUGAGCUAACGGUGGGCGCACGGAGUGGAAAGCAUAACAAUAACGUUACCGCGCUACCGUCCCGGUUUAGGACCUUUAAAAAGUCUCGUUUUGGAUUUAAAUUACCCAGCGUUUAAAAAAAAGCCAGAGUCCAGUCUGCUCGAGGAGAGGAGGAGAAGAAGAAGAAGAAGAAGACGAAGCGGAGGGAGGAGGAGGAGGAGGUGAAGCUGGCUGGCUAACGGACUCAAAGUACCAGAUGCUAUUCCAGCGGAGAAGGAGAACGGGCUCGAAUAAGCAAGAGAGGGUGAUGGGUUCUCGUUUUCCCGACGGCUAACGUUAGACCCCCUCGCUGAAAACACGGAUACUACGGCGUGAGGAGAACUCGCUGUGCUUCUUCUCCACCUCCGCCCGGGUGACAUUGUGUCUUGAAAUGCUAGCGCAGUCGCGGUCUCGGCCGUCGAGCAGCCUCUGGGCCGCAGCUCGGCACACCGAGCCCGAAUCUGGGAAAUAGCUAGCUAGCUAUCUGCUAGCCGCAGCUGUACCCGAUGCUGCUGCUGCUGCGGCUAAACGGAUCCGAAAGGCAACACGAGCGGUUCAGGGCCUCGGCGCUGGGUGAGCUAUUGUUUUACCCCACUGGACUACUACGGGCAUUUGAGAUGUGAUGCUUUUGCGCGUCGCAUUUGAGCCUUUUGUAGCUGGAGGCUCUCGCUAAGGAGCUAACGUUGCUGCAAAAUGCACAGCGGAACCACAACAGCGGGGUCCUGUUGAAGGGGGCGAGGUUAGACUGAUAACAGCCCACCCUGUGUCUCUCAACACUCGGGGGGUCACACUUGGACAACGACCACCACAUUUAUCCCCUCUCCACGUCAUACACCGCUUCAUCGGCCGGCGAUAUGGAUAAACUCACGAUCAUUUCAGGGUGCCUGUUCCUGGCAGCAGAUAUCUUUGCAAUAGCCAGCAUUGCAAACCCAGACUGGAUCAACACUGGUGAAUCAGCAGGUGCCCUCACAGUCGGUCUAGUCCGGCAAUGUCAGACCAUCCACGGACGAGACAGGACAUGUAUUCCUCCACGGCUGCCCCCAGAGUGGGUCACCACACUUUUCUUCAUCAUCAUGGGCAUCAUCUCCCUCACAGUCACCUGUGGACUGCUGGUGGCGUCACACUGGCGCCGAGAAGCCACCAAAUAUGCCCGCUGGAUCGCCUUUACUGGCAUGAUCCUGUUCUGCAUGGCGGCACUCAUCUUCCCCAUAGGCUUCUAUAUCAACGAGGUGGGAGGGCAGCCAUACAAGCUGCCUAACAACACGGUGGUCGGAUCCUCGUAUGUGCUGUUUGUCCUCUCCAUCUUCUUCACCAUAGUGGGACUUCUGUUUGCAGGCAAAGUUUGCCUCCCAGGCUGAGGACUUGACUGUGCCCGCCUCUGGACUGACACGAGGGGCUCUGAAAAUGUAAUGGGAUUUACAAAAACACACAAUGACUGAAAAUCAAAAACAACAAACUCUGGCCAGAAGCCUGAUACAGGGAAGUCUUUGAUUAUGUGUCGAGGGACCGCAGCACCGUGGAGAACCUAACAACUUAAAAAAAAUGAAAAUGAACAAAACACUAAAGAGUGGGGACAUGGGCACAAAGGGGUGGAGGAGUGUGAGAGAGAGGGCAGACGAGGCUGUUGCAGCACCCUGCCACUGUUGAUUAAAAUAUGGCCGUCUCUCUGUUGUUCUGUUGGGAGAAAGGUGUUUAAUGUGCCGCUGUCAUGGCAACUGCGGCCACAAUGCUGGCGCACAUUUCUUAAGGACCACUACAGCCGCUCCUCGACUUGACCCCCGCCCGCCCUCAGCACACAUCUACGCCGUCACGACCGCUCCUGUUGCUAUUUUUGGCUUCUCUUAGCUAUUUCAGUUGUGUGUUUUUCUGUUGUUGUACAUUUUGUGUUCUUCUUUUCUUUCUUUCCCCUCCCUCCCCCUCCCCCCAUGCCUUUCCACUGAAGUAGCUCGAGUGUAAUUGAGGUUCACUGAACUGAAUCCUUGAGGGGAACUGGAGGGUUUUUCUGCCAGCUUGGCUUUAGAGCAGGUUUUAUUCUCGCCUGUCACUUCAUGAGGCCCCAGGUGCGCGACCGGGUAGAGCAGCUGUGAGCCCAGCUGUCUGGUCCAGCUCACGGGCUGCUGUGGACCAGAGGAAAGGUACAGGUGUGCCGUGCCUUUUUCUCAUAACCAGAUGCAGCUCAGGAGCAGAUAGCAAUGAGAGGUGACCUCCUUGGGCAGCAGAACAGGAGGUUAAGCACCAUAAAGGAGAAUGCCACUCAAUGUGUAGGACCUUGCAUUAUGUUAUUUACACAGACAGCAACAGAGUUUUCACGAGCUAAAGCCAUGACGCUGAUACACAUCAUGUACCAAUAAAUAGAAGACUGUGAAUUUAGAAAACAAUCAUCUGAACAGAAACGCAUCUCUUGUAUUUGUAGUGACGAUCUUAAUCCUGCUAAGUACAGCCACAAGCACAGUGGCCUUAUCAAGGUAUUCUUGUACAUCACUGUGGGGUUGAGAUGGCCCUUUAUAUAUCGCUAAUUAUCGCAGACAGUAUUGACUUUUAUAAAUAGAAGCUGACCUGACCUAAAAGUCUGAUAAUAACAUAUGUGAAUGCUGAAAGUUGGUGGUAAUCUCCUUUUAAUGUUGGAUGGGAAAGAUUGGAGCCAGGAGUAUUUUCUUUGUCUCGUUUUGUACAAAAGUGAAGGCGCUGGGACUGCAGGUCAGGUCCAUGCAUGGGGCUGUGCCUCAGUGUGCUGCCCUUGAGGCCCGUGAUUGUAAAACACACACACACACACACACAAAAAUAUCCACAUUUUAAGGCUGCAGCUAGCCAUUAUUUUCUUGGCUUAUUAUAGUUCUAAUUAAUUUCAUGGCUUCUCACUCCAAUUAACUCGUAAAGAAGCGAUAAUUUGUUCAUUACGAGUUCCUAGAGGUGAUAAGUGAUAUCUUUAAAUUGCUUGCUUUGUAAUAAGACCCGCUUUUAACUUUAAGAACACACACGGCGAGGUGCAUAUUGGUAUGAGCUUAAGGCAAAUCCUUUAAAAUGAAAAAAAUAGGCCACACGACUCGUACCUACUCAAACCGAGAAACAGCCAUGCUUGCAAUUCAUUAUUGCAUUUCUUUUUUUUGCUGUUAUCGUGAAAUUAUAUGCUAAUAAUUUCGUUAUCUUGAGACAUCCAAGCUUAUUUCCUCACGAUAACAAGUUGUUCAUCUUGAAAUAAAACGAAAGGCAUAUUUCUUGAGAUAAUGAGAUAAUUUGAGUGGAUUGGAUUGUCAGUCUGCAGACAGCUCUGUGGGAUGACACAAUAAUCCCCUUUUGAUAGCAAGCACGCACGUCGCUGGCUUAUAUACAUAGAUUACCAUACUUUUAUUUGGCUCAUCAGAAGUAAUCGUCUUUUUUUGUUUGAUCACAGUUGUGGGUUAUUUUCUCCAAGAUGUUGGGGAUGUACACAGGAAGUAUGAUGAGGCAGUGAGUUAGCUGUGGGUAAUAACUUUAUCCCUUCCUUUUUUUUUUUAGCACAUAUUUUGUCACACUUUGAUAAAUUGGCAUUGUUAAUUGUGCCAUAUGACAACUAUCACUGCAUGAUAUAAUAUAUAAUUAUAAUAUAAUUAUUAGGCAAGUUCUGGAGUCGCAAAAAGGGGUUUCUUCCCUUCUUCUGAUUUCUAAGCAGAUUUAUGUACGUUUAUUUAAUAUAGAAAUUUGCGAUAAUUAUGUGAAACCUUAAUGCAGCUAAAUAACUCUCAACUGUCACCUUUGUUGACAGUUUAAAACCUGUGAAUUUACAAUUUAGUUCCCAAAAGAUGAAGAAAAACAGCAUUUCUGAUGUUUGGCAUUUAUGCUUUUAUGAUCCAAAUAGCUGCAGAUGAAUUUAGUUUUGAUCGACUAAACGUUUCGGCUCUUGCAGUCGUGUACUUGACAUGUUUGCACUCACAACAAUUUGGAGAUGUGUGUCUGUGUGUUAAAUCAAUCACGGAGCUCAGUCACUAAGUCCUUGUUCUGUAUUUCUGUUUCCUGCUCUGCUUUUCUUACCCUCGGUCUGAUGAUGUAUACUGCUAACUCUACACUCUGCAGUGCCCUGUCUUGGUUGGUUCAGUAUUGUGCCAUGAUGACAUGUUUUUUGUUUAAUAAUGUACAGACACAAAGAGGCAGAAUUUCUGUAUUAGGAAGCACUGUGCAUUCAAACAGUAUAGGUAACAGAAAUAGAAGCACCACAAAUGUAUAAAAAAGAGAACUUCUUACCUCAUUGUUUUUGUUUCUGCUAUUAUUUUCUAAUGGUGGCAAUGUGUGCCCUCUAAUUUGUCUCUUGCCUUGAUCGGAUGUCUUCACAUAAAGCCUAUGAUCAUAGGAAAUUAUUUAUCACUGAAUAAAACGAGAAAAAAAUGGA